AUGGCAGAUGCUCAGCAUGAGGCCCCUGAGAGGUUCCAGCGAAGUGCAGAUGCAGAGGUGGAUCCCGAAGCUCCCACGGAGCUUCGAAGAGGCGACAGCCGUGGCAGCAGGCGUCAUCGGCGGGAGGGCAGUCGACGCAGCAGUCGGUCGUCAUUGCCGACAGACCUGGACAUCUCCGAUGCUGACAGGCGGCAGAAACUCCCGGAGAGCGUGGAGGUGGACAACCACGUCUCUUCGCGGGAUUCUGCUGGGAACCCGCUAUUACAGGAUUUGGUAGCAUGA